GUGGGCGGAGGAGAAAUCGCGUCGGCCGCAGACGAUGAUGUAAGAAGGCCGCGCCGUACUUUGGACAGUGCGGCUUCCGCGAGAAGGUUUUUGGCCUAUUGCAGCCAUGGUGCAUUGCAGUUGCUUGUUGUUCAGAAAGUAUGGAAAUUUCAUCGAUAACCUAAGACUCUUCACCAAGGGAGGAACCGGUGGAAUGGGUUACCCUCGUUUAGGUGGAGAAGGUGGAAAAGGUGGUGACGUCUGGGUUGUAGCGCAGAACAGAAUGACUUUAAAACAACUUAAAGACAGGUAUCCUCAGAAACGGUUUGUGGCUGGAGUAGGAGCAAACAGCAAAAUUUGUGCACUGAAAGGCUCCAAAGGAAAAGACUGUGAAAUCCCUGUGCCUGUGGGUAUUUCAAUAACUGAUGAAAAUGGUAAAAUUAUAGGAGAACUCAAUAAAGAGGAUGACAGAAUUUUGGUAGCUGAAGGAGGUCUUGGUGGUAAAUUUCUUACAAACUUCUUACCAUUGAAAGGCCAGAAACGAGUAAUUCACCUUGAUCUAAAACUUAUAGCUGACGUAGGCCUAGUAGGAUUCCCAAAUGCUGGAAAAUCCUCUUUGCUAAGUCGAGUUUCUCAUGCAAAACCUGCAAUUGCAGAUUACGCAUUUACAACAUUAAAGCCUGAACUUGGAAAGAUUAUGUACAAUGAUUUCAAACAGAUAUCAGUAGCUGAUCUUCCAGGUUUAAUAGAAGGAGCACACAUGAACAAAGGAAUGGGCCACAAAUUCCUCAAGCAUAUAGAAAGAACUAGACAACUACUUUUUGUUGUUGAUAUUUCUGGAUUUCAGCUUUCUUAUCACACUCAAUACAGAACUGCUUUUGAAACCAUAAUACUGCUUACAAAAGAGUUGGAAUUGUACAAAGAGGAGCUUCAGACAAAACCUGCACUUUUGGCAGUUAAUAAAAUGGACUUGCCAGAUGCUCAAGAUAAGCUCCAUGAAUUGAUGAACCAGCUCCAGAAUCCUAAAGAUUUUCUGCAUUUAUUUGGAAAAAACAUGAUUCCAGAGAGGACUGUAGAGUUUCAACAUAUCAUCCCCAUAUCUGCAGUUACUGGAGAAGGAAUUGAAGAAUUAAAGAACUGUAUAAGAAAGUCACUGGAUGAACAGGCCAACCAGGAAAAUGAUGCAUAUCAUAAGAAACAGUUGCUUAAUUUGUGGAUUUCUGAUAAAGUAUCUUCAAGUGAGCCACCAUCAGCAAAGCAUGCUGUUACUAGUUCCAAAGUGAAUAUAAUUUAAAUAUAUUAAAAAUGAUAUUGAUGGAAUGCUAUUUAAUGCUUAAAAACAAGGAAAUCCUUUCGUCUGUGACAUGGAUAAACCUGGAGGACAUGUUCAGUAAAAUAAGCCAGGCUUAGAAAGGCAAAUACUGCAUAAUCUCACUUGUAUAUGGAAUCUUAAAAAGUUGAAUUCAUAGAAGCAGAGAAUAGAAUGGUGGUUAUCAAGGGCUGGUUGUGGAGUGGAAGGUUGAGGAGAUGUUGGUCAAAGUAUAUAAAAUUUGUUAGACAAGGCAACUGAUUUCAAGAGAUCUGUUGUACAGCUUGUUGACUAUUAGGUGUAUUUCUGAGUAAAAAAAUUUUUUUUUUUUGAGAUGGACUUUCGCUCUUGUUACCCAGGCUGGAGUGCAAUGGUGCAAUCUUGGCCAACCACAACCUCUGCCCGCUGGGUUCAAGCAAUUCUCCUGCCUCAGCCUCCUGAGUAGCUGGGACUACAGGCACACGCCACCAUGCCCAGCUAAUUUUUGUAUAUUUAGUGGAGAUGGGGUUUCACCAUGUUGACCAGGGUGGUCUCAAUCUCUUGACCAGUGGUUUUUCCAAAAAAGCAUAUAAGGUAAUGCCCAUGUUAAUAGCUAUAUUGCACCAUUCCACAAUGUAUAGAUAUUUCAAAACAUGUUAUACAUAAAUCCAUAUUUUUUCUAUGUGAUUUUUAAAAUUUUAACUUUUUUUUUGAAAGCUUUUUCACAGAUCUUUUUUUAGUAUUAUUACCUUCUGAUAUGUGUUUUUGUUCAAGAACCGUACCUUGUUUGGUAGCUAAGUAUGUCAACAGUAAAAAAAAGUAACUAAUGGCCAGGCAUGGAGGAUCAUGCCUGUAAUCCUAGCACUUUGGGAGGCCAAGGAGGGCAGAUCACUUGAGAUCAGGAGUUCAAGACCAGCCUGGCCAGCAUGGUGAAACCCCGUCUCUACUAAAAAUAUGAAAAAUUGGCUGGGUGUUGUGGUGCAUGCCUGUUGUAGUCCCAGCUACUCUGGAGGCUGAGGCAGGAGAAUUGCUUGAACGCAGGAGGAUGAGAAUACAGUGAGUCUGAGAUUGCCCCACUGCACUCCCGCCUGGGUAACAGAACUAGACUCCAUCUCAAAAAAAAGAAAAACAAAGUAAGAGCUAAAAAUUAUGUUUUACAAGUUUAUGGCCAGUCCACCUAUAAUAUUCUCUGAUAUUCCUUUAUGUAGGAUGUCCCUAUUGAGAUCAUUUAAAAAAUUUAUAUAGAAGUGUUCUUUAGAUUAUUAUUAGAAUGAGCAAUUCAGUUUUGUUUGUUUUUGAGCCUAUCUUGUACCUGGUUGCACUAAAUAUAUAAUGGUUCUCUUUUGUGGAUACCUUAAAACCCUAAAUUUUAACACAUUUAAUGAUAAUAAAGUUAUAACAGACACCAGCAGAUAGACUAUUCAUAGUUUAUGUAUUGUUCUCAGCUUAAAUUUUUUUCUGAUUUGAUAAUGUUUUCCAGUAUUAUUUUACUUAUAUUUGUUUUGUUGCCUGUUUCUCCUACCUCCCAUUUCAGUCCCCAAAUGCUUAUUUUGUAUUUCUUUUUUCUUCAUUGCUCAUGAAUUUAUUGAGUGUCUCUCCUGUAGCAGACACUGUGCAGGGUGCUGUAUGUACCAAUGUUGAAGAGAACAGACAGGACCUUCUGCCCUUGUAUAUCUCACAUUUGAUAACAGAAACUGCAGGGGAUUGGAAUGGACUCAUUUCUUCACAACAAAAGAAUAAAAAUGAGGAAAAGCAUUUGGAAUUUGUGCUGAUGACAGUGACCAGGCUUUGUAUUCGGUAUGUUUUACAUUUGUAACUUCAGUGCUAUUUUUUUUAAGCUCUGUUAUUUUCUAAAUGUAAACAAGUAGCAGUGUAAGGACAGUUUCAUCAGGUGAAUGUCGGAAAUACUGGCACCAUGAUCUUGCUUAGUGCUGUGGCAAAGGGUAGUAGAUGUGUGUUCAGGAUUAUUUGCUCUGUCAGUAAUGCCCAGGGUGCCACUCCAGGACUAACCAAAGCAUUUUAUUACAUGACUCACUAAAAUGUUCAAUUAAUUAGUAUUUUCUGGUUACUGCAGGUAUACUCUAUGUACCUUUUUUGACCUUUGAUCUUUAUUCUGACCGAGAAAAUUAGAUUCCUUUUUUAUCUUAUACAAAAUUUGAAAACAUAAAGACUUAUUUUGAAGUAAGUCUUUUAACAUUAUCUCAGAUGCAUUUUAGUUUGUCAUUAAGUGAGACUUUUUAUUUUUACCUUUUAAAAUGUAAUUUUCAAAAUAUAUGCUUUUUGAAAUGCUUUAUUACUGAAUAACUAGAAUAUUAAAUUCAAUGUAUAGCAAAUUCUUACAAAGUCCCAAUAGUUCUGCAGAGCUUUCUUUAUCAGAUUUAUUUAUCAUUAUGAAAUGCAAGUUCAUAUAAUAUUAAGGAUAUUGUACUAUGAAGUUGGAUCUGCGUACUGAAAAUUUCCAGAAUACCUAUUAUAUUGUGCUUUUUGUGUUAUAUAUUCAUAUUAUUGUAUGUCAUAGCAAGAUGAACUUUUUUAAAAAUGGUAAACAUGUAUUAGUUACAUAAUCAGGAAAAAAGUCAUCUUUUUUAAUGGGAAAAAUUAGGUUAAGGAUAUUUCAGGUUUUAUCCAAUUAGUUUUCUUGUAAAGUUAUGUAUUUUCUUUCAUCUCAGUGUUAUUUGCUUCUCAAAGAUGGAGAUUAGAGAUUCCUUUCAGUAGUUAAUGAAAGCUACAGACUUUUCUUGCCAAAAAAUGUACAUAAACACUUAAAAUAUUUUCCAAGCAAUUUCACAGUGUUUGCAAAAUUCAGAUUGAAAACCCAGUUUCACAAAUCCCAUCUAGAAAUUUGCAGUGUAUUAAGGUAUAUUAAAAAUAAUGUUCCAAAGCAACAGAAUAAGUACACUUUGAAACUGUAGCUUAAAAAUGAAAAUUAGCAAUAACGUAACUUGUAAACCUACACAAAAGAUAUUUUAUUGUAAAAAUAUGACAGCAUUUUGUUUAAAGACCAAAUAGUGAAUUGAAUUUAAUGCCUAUCUUUAAAUCCUUAACAGUAUCUCAAAUUUGGUUUAAAUCUGUCUCUUGGUAAAGAAUAAAAAGUGAAACAAAUCCAGAAAUCUUGUUUGAGUACAAGGUCUGUGUUAGUAAUCAUAUCUAAAGUGGUAAUGUUACCAUAUGCUGGGUACUGUACUGAGUAUCACAUAUGUUAACUUAUUUAAACACUACACUGUAUUGCCUGCAAGCCAUGUCAUUUUUUUAAGUUGGGUGGUGAAUACAUGAGUUGUUUUUUGAACUCUUGGGAGCCUAAAGUAUUUGGUAAUUUUUUAAAAGACAUUUAUAAAAAAAAGUCUAUUCCUUAUCAAAGUUUAUAACUCAGGAAUUACUGAGAUAAACAGUGGACAAAAAAUGUUGGCAGAUAACAUACAUAAUUUUAAUUGCAAAGUUAAGUAGUGAAAAAUAUCUUUUUUUCUUAAAGAGAUAUUUCACAUCUAUUUUAUGUUUAGUUUGAUUUUUUAUUCUUUUUAGAGACAGGGUAUCUCUCUGGAGUACAGUGGCAUGAUUAUAGUUCUCUGUAGCCUCAAUCUCCUGGGCUCAAGUUAUCCUCCUGCCUCCUUCUUCCAAGUAGCUGGGACUAUAGGUGUGCCUCCAUACCUGGCUAAUUUUUUAAGAUUAUUUUGUAGAGACAGGGUCUCACUUUGUUGCCCAGAGUGAUCUUGAACUCCUGGCCUCAUGCAAUGCUCCUACUUCAGCCUCUGAAAUUGCUGGGAUUAUUGGCAUGAGCCAUUCAUGCCCAGCUAGUUUUCUGUUUUCUACUUGGAGCUUGGCAAGUAGGGAAAAGUAUUAGGGAAAUAGCUUUAGUUCUGAGUGGAUGUCAGUAGCCAGCUGAAAAAGAAAGCAAAAAAAAGGUAGUAGAAAUGAGAAAGGGAGAGAGGGAAGAAAGAAAAAUAUGGAUGCUGGGAAGUUGUAUGUCUCUGUGGAUAUCUGAAGUAUCAGGUGUGGUUAUUGCCUCAGUUGGCCGUUGUAAGCAUGAAAAAGCCAGGGGCAAUUUCAACUACCAUUUCUGACCAUCAUCAACCACAAAUUUUAGGCAAUUUGUUAGAAUUUUUAAAAAAUGUUCUUAAUAGUUGUUGGGUACCUGGAAGAUAUCAGAGAAAGUAAUCACUUUUGCAUAUAUUAUUGAUGUGCUUAUAAUAGAAAUUCUUUGGGAUGUCCAGAUAAGAUACCAAGCUAUGUGAAGCAUAGCUGUUAUUCAAGUCUUGUCCUUUGAAAUACUUGGAAUUUAAAGAACAGGACACGUAGCUUAUGUUAUAACUAAUUUGUGAGCAAUAUAUGGCAAGAUAGUCUUUUCCUAUUUAUUUUGUAAAUUCUGAGUGCAUUGAAAGUUGAAAGCAAAGGACAAAAGCUUCCUUUGUUUAUGGCCUAUAUUCCAGUAUAUUUUUCUGAAAUUGCCAAUAUCUUCUGAUCAGUACUUUCAUUUUUUAAAUUGGUUAUCAAACAUUAUUGUUGGUAUUAUUUCUAUAUAAAAGGCUUUAAGAAGACUGUGGUAUAAUUUUCUCAAGACAAAAGACACGAUUAUAAGCUAAAAUAUACCUUCAGUUUUGUGUGCUACAAAUUGAGGGAGAUUGAGAAUCUUUUAAAUCAACGGCAGACAUUGAGUAAAAGCUUAUGACUGGAUGGAUUUGAAACAUGAUUAAAUGACAAAUAAAAGCCCCUAGUCAAGUGAAUUAUAAUGGGGAAAUAAGAGGACUAGAUAAAAAUUGAACAUCUGUUUCAAAAACAAAUCUUUCCAGGUAGUGGUACUAAUCUGGGGUCAAGAGAAAUUGUAAGAACAAUAAAAUGAGCACACAUGACCUUCCUUUCCUAUGAAAACAUGAACCAGAAAACUCCCCCAUGAUCUCCUUAUGUUAGUGUAUAGCAUGUAUUGCUGAAUUUUUCCAUUUAUAUUUUUGGACCUCAGUUGACUGUAAGUAACUGAAACUGAGGAUGGGGUGAAGGGAUGCCUAAAACCUUGGAUAAUACCAAUGCUUUAUAUGUUUUUUCUAUACCACACCUAUGAUAAAGUUUAAUUUUUUAAUUAGGCACAGUAAGAGAUUAAAAAUAUUAAAUUGGACCAAUUAUAGCAAUAUAUUAUACCAAAAGCUGCAUUAAUGUGGUCUCCCUCUCGAAAUAUCUUACUGUACUGUACUCCUGAUUAUGUGAGAUAGAAUGCCUACAUGAUAAGAUGAUGUGAAGCAAAUGACAUAGGCAUUGUGACAUACCUAGGGUUAGGCUACUGCUCACCUUCUGACAAUGCAUCAGGAAAAUCUUUUGUUUUGGGUGAUCCUGGAUCAUGAUGUCAGGAGCAGAUGAUAUCUAUCCAUGGCGAAUGGGAGGGUAGCAUAUACAGUAUGGAUGCACUGGAUGAAGAGAUGAUUCAUCUGGCAAGAUGGAAUGAGAUUUCCUCAUGUUAUUUAGAAUAGUGUAUAUUUCUAAACUUUUCCAUUUAAUAUUUUUGGACUACAGUUGAGUGUAAGUAACUGGAACUGAGGAUGGGGGGAAGGGAGGACUACAGUAAAUCCAAGUUUGUAAUACCUCAUCAAAUACUCAACACAAAAGUUGAGUUUAUUGAGUUAUUUAAAACUGCAAAAAAAAAAAAAAGUGAUGAUGGUAGGAGGGAGUGGUAGGCAUGGUAAGAGACAAAAAUUUAAAACACCUUAAUAUUGUAGCUACAGGCAAAAGCCUUUUGUUACCCUAUUUGUUGGCCAAUCUUUUGUAAAUCCUCUUCUCUCUCUCCUUCCUUCCCUGUCUUCACUAAGUAGCUUUAUUCAAGAAUAUUAGAAGCAAAUGUGCUAUCAAAUUUGAUGGUGCACUACAAAUUUCUAACAGUUUGUAAAUGACAUCUCACUGUUUAAUUUACUUAGAACCUUCUUCUCUUCCUUUAUUACUUCACUAGGGCUGCUGUAACAAAGUAUAAUACACUGGGUGGCUUAAACAACAGAAAUCUAUUACCUCACAGUUCUUGAGCCUGGAACUCCAAGAUCAAGGUGUUGGCAGGGCUGAUUGCAUCUGAGGACAAUAAAAGAGAAUCCGUUUCAUGCUUCUCACCUAGCUUCUGGUGAUUUGGGGCCUUCCUGUGUCCAUAUGUUCUCAUUGUUCAGCACCUGCCUAUGAGUGAGAAUAUGCGGUGUUUGAUAUUCUGUUCUUGUGUCAGUUUGCUGAGAAUGAUGGUUUCCAGAUUCAUCCAUGUCCCUACAAAGGACACAAACUCAUUGUUUUUUAUGGCUGCAUAGUAUUCCAUGGUGUGUAUGUGCCACAGUUUCCUUAUCCAGUCUAUCAUUGAUGGCCAUUUGGGUUGGUUCCAGGUCUUUGCUAUUGUAAACAGUGCCACAGGGAACAUAUGUGUGCAUGUGUCUUUAUAAUAGAAUGAUUUAUAAUCCUUUGGAUAUAUACCCAGUAAUGGGAUUACUGGGUCAAAUGGAAUUUCUAUUUAUAGGUCCUUGAGGAAUUACCACACUGUCUUCCACAGUGUGGUAACUAAUUAGUUCAAUUAAUUACAGUGUGGUUGAACUAAUUUACACUCCCACCAGCAGUGUGACCAUGUUCCUAUUUCUCCACAUCCUCUCCAGCAUCUGCUGUCUCCAGAUUUUUUAAUGAUCGCCAUUCUAACUGGCGUGAGGUGGUAUCUCAAUGUAGUUUUGAUUUGCAUUCUUCUAAUGACCAGUGAUGAUGAGCAUUUUUUCAUAUGUUUGUUGGCCUGAUAUAUGUCUUCUUUUGUAAAGUGUCUGUUCAUAGCCUUUGCCCACUUUUGAAUGGGUUUGUUUGUUUGUUUUUGUAAAUCUGUUUUAGUUCGUUGUAGACUCUGAAUAUCAGCCCUUUGUCAGAUGGGUAGAUUGUAAACAUUUUCCCCAUUCUGUUGGUUGCUGGUUCACUCUAAUGAUUGUUUCUUUUGCUUUAUGGAAGCUCUGCAGUUGAAUUAGAUUUGUUUGUCUAUUUUGGCUUUUCUUGCCAAUGCUUUUGGUGUUUUAGUGAUGAAGUCCUUGCCUAUGCUUAUGUCCUAAAUGGUUUUACCUAGGUUUUCUUCUAGGGUUUUUAUGGUGUUAGGUCUUAUGUUUAGGUCUUUAAUCCAUCUGGAGUUACUUUUAGUGUAAGGUGUCAGGAAGGGGUCCAGUUUCUACUUUCUGCACAUGGCUAGCCAGUUUUCCCAACACCAUCUAUUAAACAGGGAAUCCUUUCCCCAUUGCUUGAUUUUAUCAGGUUUGUCAAAGAUCAGAUGGUUUAGAUGUGCGGCGUUGCUUCCGAGGCCUCUGUUCUGUUCCAUUGGUCAACAUCUCUGUUUUGGUACUGGUACCAGUACCAUGCUGUUUUGAUUACUGUAGCCUUGUAGUGUAGUUUGAAGUCAGGUAGUGUGAUGCCUCCAGCUUUGUUCUUUUUCCUUAGAAUUGUCUUGGCUAUGCGGGCGCUCUUGGUUCCAUAUGAAGUUUAAGGUGGUUUUUUCCAGUUCUGUGAAAAGGGUCAUAGGUAGCUUGAUGGGGAUAGUGUGGAAUAUAUAAAUUACUUUGGGCAGUAUGGCCAUUUUCACAAUAUUGAUUCUUCCUAACCAUGAGUAUGGAAUGUUUUUCCAUCUGUUUGUGUCCUCUCUUAUUUCAUUGAGCAGUGGUUUGUAGUUCUCCUUGAAGAGGUCCUUUACAUCCUUUGUUAGUUGUAUUCCUAGGUAUUUUAUUCUCUUUGUAGCAAUUGUUAAUGGCAGUUCGUUCUUGAUUUGGCUCUUUUUAAGUCUAUUAUUGGUGUAUAGGAAUGCUUGUGGUUUUUGCACAUUGAUUUUGUAUCCUGAGACUUUGCUGAAGUUGCUUAUCAGUUUCAGGAGAUUUUGGGCUAAGACGAUAGUCUUCUAAAUAUACAAUCAUAUCGUCUGCAGCUCGAGACAAUUUGACUUCCUCCUUUCCUAUUUGAAUAUCCUUUAUUUCUUUUUCUUGCCUCAUUGCUCUGGCUAUAACUUCCAAUACUAUAUUGAAUAGGAGUGGUGAGAGAGGGCAUCCUUGUCUAGUGCCAGAUUUCAAAGUGAAUGCUUCCAGUUUUUGCCCAUUCAGUAUGAUAUUGGCUGUGGAUUUUUCAUAAAUAGCUUUUAUUAUUUUGAGAUAUGUUUCAUCAAUACCUAGUUUGUUGAGAGUUUUUAGCAUAAAGGGCUGUUGAAUUUUGUCAAAGGCCUCCUCUGCAUCAAUUGAGAUAAUCAUGUGGUUUUUGUCUUUGGUUCUGUUUAUGUGGUGGAUUACGUUUGUAGUCUUGCGUACGUUGAAUCAGCCUUGCAUCCCCGGGAUGAAGCCUGCUUGAUCGUGAUGGAUAAGGUUUUUGAUGUGCUUUUGCAAUCAGUUUGCCAGUAUUUUAUUGAAGAUUUUUGCAUCUAUGUUCAUCAUGGAUAUUGGCCUGAAGUUUUGUUUUUUUCUUGAGUCUCCACUGGGUUUUGGUAUCAGGAUGAUGUUGGUCUCAUAGAAUGAUUUGGGAAGGUUUCCCUCUUUUUGGAUUAUUUGGAAUAGUUUCAGGAGUGGUACCAGUUCCUCUUUGUUUGUCUGGUAGAUUUGGCUGUGAACUCAUCUGGACCUGGGCUUUUUUUGGUUGGUAGGCUAUUAACUGCUGCCUCAACUUCACCCCUUGUGAUUUCAUAAGUGAAGGAGAAAUAAAAUCCUUUUUUUUUGUUGUUUUACUAUUUUUGUGAUCUAAGUUGUCUCUCUUUAAUAUUUUUUGUAAGCCUCAUGGUAAUCACAAAAACCCAUAGUAGAUUCAUUAAAAAUGAAAAGCACCUAAUUAAAACAGUAUGAGAGAAAAUUAUUUAAUCAUAAUGGAAGACAGGAAGAAAGAAAGGAGUUACAAAAUAUCCAGAAAACAAGCAACCAAAUGGCAGUACUUACCAGUAAUUACUCUGAAUGCAAAUAGAUUGAAUUUUCCAAUGAAAAGGCAUGGAGUAGCUGAAUAGAUAUGAAACAAAGCCCAACUAUAUCCUACCACUUCACCUGUAAGGACACAUAUGGUAAAAGUGAUGGGGUGGAAAAAGAUAUUCCAUGCAGCUGGAAACCAAAAAAGAACAGGAGUAGUAGCUAUACUUGAAUCAGAUAAAAUUGACUACAAAUCAAAGACUGAAAAAAGGCAUAGAAGGUCACUAUAUAAUGAUAAAGAAGCAAAUUCAGCAAGAGGAUAUAACAUUACAAAUAUCUAUGCACCCAACACUGGAGGUCCUAAAUAUAUAAAGCAAACAUUAAUAGAUCUAAAGGGAGAGAUAGACAAGAAUACAAUAAUGGUAGGGGACUGGAACGUCCCACACUGAGUAAUGAACAGAUCAUCCAGACAGAAAAUCAAUGAAGAAACAUUGGAGUGAAACUGAAAAUUAGGCCAAAAGAAUGUAUUUUAUGAAGCAAUAUUGGCUGCUCUAGAGCCUUCAGAACUGAAAAGGAGCUGCAAGUGUGUGCUGCUAUGAACAUCUUUCCAGAGCCUUUUCUGCCCAGCUGGUAUUGGCUUCAUACCAAAAGCAGUGUUUAUCAAACUAGAGAUUAAAAAUCAAAAUUCAUUUCUGCAAUAAUGACAAAUGCCCUGCAUGUGUGUACAUGUACUCAUGUGAGACAAGGCCCGUAGGUAUCCCCACCUUCCCUCUCCCCAUACUAGUUAAUUUUGAGUAAUUGUGUAUUGUCAGAAAAGUGAUCAGUAUUAGUUUUUAUCAUUCCAAAAUUUGUUUUUAAUUUAAUUUUAUUGUUUAAAAGCAAGGCAUGCUCUGUUGACUCUGUAACAGACUAAUCUGAGUUGUUAAAACUGCUCCCUGAUUGUACGCUGGAGAGUAAUCUGGAACAUUUUAGUGGGAUUUUCUCCCUCUUUUUUGGGAGGGGGAGUAUGGGUAGGGUUUGAUUUUUUGUCUUGUUUAUUUUAAUUAACCAAUGUACAGCCCUUAAGUAGAGGAGGACAGAUUAGUUUCACCUUCCACUUCUUAGCUUUCAUUUAGAAAACAUCUUCUCAUUCUGGUGCUCUUAGGAAGGAGUAUAGUAAAUCCUUCAUUUAAUAAUGUACUACUUUUUGAAAGUUGCCUUUUCUCUCUACCCUUGAAGAUCCACUAUUUGAUGACACUCGUGAAAGUGCGUGGAACCUGUCUUGUCCUUCCUCUUUAUAUAUGUGACUGUUAUUUUCAAAGACAUUUUUCAUUUCCUGAUUUGGGGGAAAAUUAAUUCCUACCUUCUUUCACUAAUAAAUGAAGAAAAGAAUUGCACCUUUGAAAUACACUAACUUGAUUGAAUAUGAGAUUUAAAAUAAAUUUUUCCCUGUCAUUGUUUUAUAUGCUUAGCAUAGAUUUGCAACUCAGUAAUUAAUUUAUUCCUAGCUUGAAGCUGGAGACCUAUAUGUACAGGAAAUGUGAGAGGCAUUGCUAGAAGACAGACAUCUAUGGAAUGAUCCAUAUCCUUUUAAGUUACGAAAAUGAAGGCCUACUUCAUUAAGAAGCUGGAGGUGAGGUGAGGGUGAGGAGAACACUUAACAAUAAAGGCACCAGUCAGGGGAAUCCCCUUAUGUGGGACAUAAAAAAUUGAAUCUCGUGAAAAUAGGGAGUAGGCUGGUGGUCAUCUGAGAUUGGGAAGGGUACGGUGGAGUAGGGAUUUGAAAAGAAAUUGAUUGAUAGGAACAAAUAUAUGGUUUGAUAGAAGAACUGAGAACUAAUGUUAGAUAGAUCAGUAUGGUGACUGUAGUUUACAGUUAUGUGCUGUAUAUAUCAAAAUAGCUAGAAGAGAAUUCAAAUGGUUUUAGGAUAAAGAAUACACAAAUAUUUAAAGUGAUGAAUAUCCCAAGUACACUGAUUAGAUCUUACAUAUUAUGUGAAUGUAUUAUAUGAUCAUGUACAUCUAUUAAACAUCAGUAAAGAAAGAAAGAAAAAAAAAGAGCCCUGCUGACAUCCUGAUUUAAGUGGUGAGAUCUGUGUCAGACUUUUGACUUCCAGAAUUGUAAGAUAAUAAAUUUAUUGUGUUUUAUACCUUUGAGUUUGUGAUACUUUGUCACAGCAGUAGUAGAAAACUAACACAGUGACCAAAUGGGAAUCUCUGUAGAAUUUCGGUGGUGAAUAUUGCAGUGAAUUUAAGAGUUGACUUUUCUCCUUGAAGAAUCUCUAAUGAGAAAAACAGAAAAGCCAGGAUUGUUCAUUGCAGAUCUAAAUUCUUAUCUAAAGUACUUUCGAGAAUUAUAUUGCAAUUAACUAACUACUGAACUCCAACAGGGUUUUUGAGUUUUCUGUUCCAUCUUUGCUAUUCCAGAGGCAGGCAUUUUAGACCCCAGCUUGAACAGUAAGUCUUGGAAUAGGGUUGUCUUUCCUUCCUUUUUGUGCUCUGAUUUUUAAAAUUACUGUAAUCAAUUGCAUGUACUUCCCAGCUAAAGUCCUCUAAUCAGGCAGUAUUCAUCAAUGAUUAGGAAAUAAGUUUUAAAAUGAUUUUGUACAUAGUUACUUGAUUCAAUUCAGCUUUAUAGAUGAGAGAACUGAAGUUCAGAGGAAAUAAGUGAUUAUCCUUUGUCACAUUGCCAUUAUCCAUCUGCUAUUGCCAAAGCUGGCGUGGAGCCCAGAAAUCUUUUCACUACCCAAUGCUAUCUUUCUUCCUCAUUAUUACAAUUCCCAGUUUGGCUUUGGGAUCGGAUAGUUUCUGGCCUUAGAUAACCUUAUCCAUCCUCUAAAGCAGUAUCACACAUAAGAAGGCAGUAGCGGUGAACUGAUAAUAGCCUCUCCACCCUCCCUUUAAAAAAAAACCUGACAAAUAGCCUCAUUGUUACUAGAGCAACACAAAAUGGAAAAUGCUAAUAGCAAACAUGUAGUCCUUACUGUGUGUUAGACACUGUUGUAGCCGUCUCUAUAGUAGUUCAUUUAACCCUCGUCUCAAUUUCCUGUUGUAGAUAUACUGUUACAUGAGGGAUACCUUACUUGUCCAAGGUUAUACUUUGGAUAGGUGCCCCAGUGAAGGUGACUAGCUCAUAAGAAGGUUAGCAAAAAUUCUUAAAUCUGGGGUUUUGUUCAGAUACUUUUCUCCUUUUUAUUUUGAAAAACUUCAAAGAUACAGAGAAUGUGAAGGAAUAGUACAAGAAAGGCCCACAUAUGUAUUCUUCAUGAAUGCAACAGUUGUACAUAUUUGCACACUUCAUAUCCAUUUGUAUGUGUGUGUGUGAUCAUCUCGAAGUAGUAGCCAUCACAACACUUCAGCAUCCUUUAUUUUUUAAGAAAUCAGAUCGUUGCUAUUUAGGACUUUGGAAUCCUUUAAUUCAGAUAUUCAUUCACUAAUGUAGGACGAGAAAGAGGCAGGACCGUAAAAAUUGUGUGGGAGAGUCAAGUUAGUUCAAAUAUCGAAUAGCUAGCUAUAUGUUCUAUACUUUAGCUAUAUUAUGUCCCUCGAUUUUCAAGACAACAGUAUGAUGUGGGUGAUCUUAUCCCCAUUUUUACAGAUAAUCUCCAGAUAUAGAGAGGUAACUUGCUUGGGGCCACCCAAUCAAUACACAGCAAAGCCCCAUACAAAUCUGGGCUAUUUGGUUCUAGACUGAGCUUUCUUCGUUUUUGUGCCUAGGUGAACACUUUGAGGGAAAAAAAAUUCAGAUAUAAGAAUUUUUGCUAACCUUCUUACGGGCAUAUCACCUUAUGGGCAACUCAAAACUACUCUUAGUUUUGUUUCGUUUUGCCGUUUUUUUGUGUGUUUUGUUUUUUCUUUAACCGAUAACCCAAUCUGGACGGAACCUAAGGUUCAAAAGGAACCCGAGGAGGUGGAGGGGGAGGGGGAAAAAGGGAAAGGCAGGAGGUGGUCGCAGGAUGUUGCCUACGGUUAAAGGCCCAGUGGAUUCUGGGAAUUGUAGUCCCAGACAUCCAGGGCAUUGCCGUUUUGGGCUACGGGAGAACCUGACUCUGCUCCCAGAAGCCUCUGGUGUGCCUCGCUGGUAACGCACUUCCUGAGACGCUGAGAGGGAGACGCUCCAAGAGGCUCCUCAGUGUGGGCGAGUAAAAUGCCCUGCGUGUGAGAAGCAGGCUCAGAUUAUUGCUACUGUGUAUUCAGAACUUCAUGUGUUUCUUCUAAGUUGAAUAAAGCUGUUUUGGAACUAUCAGGUACCUCAAAGAUCUGACUGACAGCACUCCACAAGCUUGCCUGCCAUGGGCUGUCGGGAUGUCCACGCAGCCACAGUCCUUUCCUUCCUGUGUGGAAUCGCUUCAGUAGCAGGCCUCUUUGCAGGGACUUUGCUUCCCAACUGGAGAAAAUUACGAUUGAUCACAUUCAACAGAAAUGAGAAGAACCUGACUGUUUACACAGGCCUGUGGGUGAAAUGUGCCCGGUAUGAUGGGAGCAGUGACUGCUUGAUGUACGACACUACUUGGUACUCAUCAGUUGACCAGCUGGACCUGCGUGUCCUCCAGUUUGCCUUACCCCUCAGCAUGCUGAUUGCAAUGGGUGCCCUGCUGCUCUGCCUGAUUGGAAUGUGCAACACUGCCUUCAGGUCCUCGGUUCCCAACAUCAAACUGGCCAAGUGUCUGGUCAAUAGUGCAGGUUGCCACCUGGUGGCUGGGCUGCUAUUUUUCCUGGCAGGUACUGUGAGCCUCUCCCCAUCUAUCUGGGUCUUCUUUUAUAACAUCCAUCUGAACAAGAAGUUUGAGCCAGUCUUUUCAUUUGACUAUGCAGUGUAUGUCACUAUUGCUAGUGCUGGGGGCCUGUUCAUGACUUCCGUUAUACUGUUUAUUUGGUAUUGUACAUGCAAAUCUUUGCCUUCUCCUUUCUGGCAACCACUGUACUCCCAUCCACCCAGUAUGCAUACUUAUUCACAGCCUUAUUCAGCACGCUCUCGCCUCUCUGCCAUUGAAAUUGACAUUCCAGUAGUUUCACACGCCACUUAAUGGGGAAAUAGUUAAUUGUUAAAACUUCUUGUAGCCUCACAUUCCCCUUGUGCAAGGAGCUCUUUUAGACCUAUAUACAUUUUCCUUUGUUUUUGACCAGUUAUUGAAGCCAAAUUUGUAUGUCCUGGUAGAAUGAAGUGCUGCUAGUUUUUAUGAGAAGUACAUUAUAUUAAAUGUGAAUUUUUUAUUUUGCUUCUUAUACUGGAAGGGAUUGUAGCCUUCGUAUUGAUAUCUAACCAAUUAUAUAAGUGGAAAAGGUCUGCAUCACAAUUGAGAUGAUUUAAAGCAACAUGUUAAAGAAUGAUGGUUAACAGAAACUCUUGUAUACAAUCUUCAUGAACAUUUCAGUGCGUAUUUUUUUUUUCUACAAUACCUUUAACUGCACAAAAAAAAAAAAGCAGUUUCAAAUAUAAGAAAUUUAUUUCAGGCAAAGGUAAUAUUUUAAUAGUAGUCAAUAAUCUAGCUUAAGGUUGUAACUCUUCUUCUCUCUUGGGGCUAAUUGUAUGAAUAGGUGCCAGUAUGUUGAAAAUUACUUUUGUGAGUUUCUUCUACCUCAUGCCAGUGUUUAAAAGUAAAAUGUAUUUUAAAUGAUGUUAGAAUAAGACUAACAUUGUAAAUAUCUGCUACUUACAAAUGACAUGUAACAAUUUUAGUAUUAAUGAUUCCACAAAUUACAUUAUUGGUAUUAAACUGUGCUUUAUGACAGGUUAGUGUUUCCUCCAUGAAAAUCCUUUUUUGGAGAUAUCAUUCAUCAGGCAGCACUCAUGCCCGUAUACAGUCUCUUACUGGCUAAGAGAAAUAAAUAAAAAAGGGCCAUAAUAGUUUGUUCUCUUUCACACAUAAUUUAAUAUGGGACAAGAAGUCUGUUCUUCAGUGACUGCACUAGAGAUUUACUCUGGUAACUGCCUUUUGAGUUAUGGGUGAAGUAAGGUAUGGCCUUACCAUAAUCUUGAUUCAUUCACCCUUGAUCAAUUUCCCACCCCCGUCACUGAUUAUUUCCUUGAGCAUAUAUCUCUGCCUAACACUUUAUUAGGUGCUAUAGAGGAUACGUGAGAAGUAUGAGAUUGGUCCCAUCCAGUAAGACAUUUUAAUAGAGAAGAUCAAAAUGUUACCUGACAGUUUGGAACAGUCUAACUUCGUUGACAGUUGGCCUUAACUUCUUAAUCAUUGAUCCAGGAAUAUAUUUCAACCAGAAACACGAAUUUCUGGCAAACAGACAAAUUGUACAAUACCAACAAUAUCCUGGACCUUGGAAUUCUGUUUACUUCACUCCAUUGUAUCCUUAAGGCACCUGUGUUAGCCUAGAUUUUGUAAUAACACUCUUUUAUGAGAAUGGGCAAAAGUGGUAGAAAAAUUAAAUUGUUUCCUCACCACUUCUGAAAGUAUGAUGAUGUAUUAAGGAAGGAGGAGUUUUUAAAAGUAUCUCUUCUGAUGAGGUAACAAUUAGAUGAAACCAUGGUAAAACUGAGGUGAACACUUAGAAAUUCAGGGAUAUUGGGUCUUUAGCCUUAUGAAUUUGAGCUGCUUAUUUAAUUGGUGUAAUUUGCUACAUAUUAGUACUAUAUUCAUAAGGAUUUUUUAUUAAUCAUUACAUAUUUUACACAUAGCUAGUUGUAUGGUAAACAGAUUAUUAUACUUUUUGCAAAUCUGAAUAUGAUUCUAGUUAGUAUUUGUGUAGAUGUAUUUGGUCCUUUUUCCCCUAAUUCCAACACUAGUUUAUAUAUAUAGCAAAUAAAUCUAGUUGUAUACAUUUUUAAAUACCAUCGGUAGAAAGCACACAAGCCUAUGGUUUUUUUCAGUUAAUAGCUUCUGAUUUCUUUCACUUUUCACUUUUCUCAGAUGUAGCGGAGUCUUGAUCAUUUUAAGACAGUGGUGGGUAGAAUUUUGAGAUGAAUAUUACUUUUUUUCCCUUUUUGUUAAUUAAUUUCAGUCCUCUCUCACUGUGCUUUUGUCCAGAAGGAUCAAAAAUUCUACCAUACCCUGGGUCUUUGUGUAUAAACAAUGUUAAAGAAAGGUAGACUCAGCUAUUAAGACAUUAGACAGUUUUUUUAGUCCAUGGGAUUGUACAUAUAAACAUGAAGCUUUCCUAUAAGAAUCUUUUGGCUUUGUAAUCUUUAGUCUCAAGUUGGUAUUUAUUAUGGAUUCACUAGACAAACAGCAGUUUCCUUAUUGUCUUUUUUCUUUAGUGUUUCUGAUGUGCUAUCCAUAGCUAUUUUUAAAGCCAUCAAAGGAAAAUAAUUAUUUACAGUUUUUGAAGUCACUUUGGAGCCUUCAUCAAGCUCUCAUUGUGAUGGGAGGGAUGGGAUACCUUUUGUUGUUAAAAGCCAAUUAAUGUUAAAGGCCUUUUAUGGAAGCCAACUUGGAAAACAACCUUAAAUGUGGAUGUAUCAGGUUUGGUUUAUCCAGCCAUGGGAGAGAAAACAAACCUAAGUUUACUUUACUUGUACAUAAUACACACUACGAUGUUUGCUGUAAACUACAAUGUAAAACCUCAAUAAAAGUGCACUGUACUUCUGGAUGUUUAUUAAAAGAUGAUGUAUUUUUACAA